AUGUCCUCAACCUCACCGCUUCCUGCAUCCAGACGCGAAAGAUUACGUGGAUUCUGCAAAGCCCGGUUCUCCAAGCUCGUCGACGCAUGGUUCGCAGUUCAACUCGCGCACUACGGGGGGAAGUACUCGAUUGAAAGGAUGCUGGCCCUGGAGGAAUAUUCUCGUGACACAUCGUUAACUCGAGUGUUGCUUGUUACCGUCGGCAGUCCACUAUUAGUUUUUGCAGUCGUUUUGUUGCAAGAAAGUAUUCCUCUUCAAGACCCAGCGGCUGGCUGGAAGGCCAACUACGGCUUUUGGUUUCGCGUGGGAAUAGUUGGAAUUGCUGUCGGCAUUGCAACUACUGUUCACCUGCGGCUGUGGAUAGGCAUUCAUAAGAUCUCUACUCUAUGCACGAUCUUCUAUUGCAUUGCUACCGGGAUUGGAUACAUUUCGAGUGGAAUAGCGGCAGCGACGGUGUGGGUAUUUCCUAUCCCAUUCUAUAUGUUCACGCUUGGUGGAGUAACUUCGCUGAUUAUAUUGGCUUACAUCAGGAUUGUGAUGGGGUCCCGUGCGUUUUGGGAAAUCUUUCAUCAGCACGAGCUACUUCGUCGAAUGAAGCAAAUCUCGAUAUUGCAAGCUUUCCUCUACGUCGUGUACCCUUUUUACCAAGUGCUUUUCACUAAGACAAACCACACGAACUACGAGCUGCCAGUAAUUAUGCUACUCCCGGCAUUUCGGCUGGUGAUAAAGAAGGUGUUUGCCAUGGCAGCUUCGCACAAAGAGGACAUGAUCCCGGUCCACGCCGUUUUCACUGUCGAUUUUUUCGAUGCGCUGUACCUGGCGACGUUUAUGCAGAGCUUGUCGAUGUCAACGCUGGUGGCGAUUGUGAUUGUCGACAUUAUGCAAAAUGCAGUGGAAUUACAAGAACUCCACCAGCGAACGCUUCGUAUCAUUGCUCGUACCCAACGAGUUGUCGGCCCUACUACCAACACUGCUUACAAUGGAAAUUUGCUGGAGGCUGUACGAUCGCUGUGUUCCUCUUCCGGAAUACUGCAAAGCCAAAUUCGAGCUGGAAUAAGCGUGCGUUCUUGCAUUGAACACCAAGUUUCACCGGAGAGCAACAGUCUGUUAACGAUUCUCGAAAAUGCCCGCCAAACAGGGUCCAUAGCCAAAUUAUUUGAUCACUUGCCGAGUAUCAACCGCGUCCCAUCGCAGUCAGCAUCGAUCCAUGAGCGGCGAAGCAAUUGA